AUGGUCCCCGCCGCCGGCGCGCUGCUCUGGGCCCUGCUGCUGAGUCUGGGGCCCCGGGCGGCGGGGGCCGAAGGCCUGACUUCGACCGCAAUGCCGCGGGACAGUUUCCGCUUCGGGGGCCCUAUGACCCGCAGCUACAGAACCACCGCCCGGACCACUCCAGGCGUUGUAUCCCCAAGGAUGAGGGUGACAAUGGAGGAUGAGGACGACGUCGUGGCCGCUGCCGACCGCCUGGCAGGCCCGGCCGCUGCGGAGCUCUUAGCCUCUACGGUGGCCACAGGCAGCAGGUCACGAUUGUCGCAGGAGGAGGAUGGGUCUUUGGAAGAAGGGGUUGUGAUUUACGCCAGAAAGAAUGACACCGAGUCGGAGACUGACAGUACGACCCGCUUUACGCCUGGGAGGCCUAGCCCAUACCUUACAGCGAAUGACCAGGAUUCCGACAAGAUGAGUUCAAGCCUGCCUCACUCCACCUGGAAGGCUAAUGUGGACUCACAGCCCUCUGACAGUACCGCGAACCCGUGGUCCUCAGCAGGGUCCACCCUGAACCAGUGGCCGCCUCCCUCGCCCUCGGCCAUGCCAGCUCCGGAGGAUCUGCGGCUGGUGCUGUUGCCCUGGGGCCCGUGGCACUGCCACUGCAAGUCGGGCACUAUGAGCCGGACCCGGGCCGGGAGACUGCAUGGCCUUUCGGGCCGCCUGCGAGUUGGGGCGCUGAGUCAACUCCGCACCGAGCACCGGCCUUGCACCUACCACCUAUGCCCCUGCAACCGCGAGCGGGAGGAGUGCCCCCUAGACGCAGAUAAAGAAAAAUCAGAGGUAAUGGCCACUUCAACCACAAGAGGAGGUGUCAGCAUCUCAACCUCUCCUCCCCCUUGA